GAUCACACUUUUCCGAUGUCUUGUUCAGUGUCCGAGUAUGCCGAUUUGCUACGGCAAUGCGGGAAAAAGAGGAAUCUCUUCGAGGGAAGGCAAAUACACGAAUCCAUCGCUGCUGGCGAGCACAGCGGCAAGCUCUACCUUUCAAACCUCCUCAUAGACAUGUAUGGCAAAUGCGGGAGCGUGACAGAUGCACAAAAGGUGUUCGAGCACACAAUCCAGCCGAAUGUUUUCAGCUGGAACAUCAUGUUAUCUGUUUUUGUCCUUAACAAUCGCCUCGAGCAGGCAAAGAAGAUUUUUGACAAGAUGCCCGUAAGAAACUCAGUCUCGUGGAACACCAUGAUCACCGCACAUGCCCAAAAAGGGCAUCUUGAAGAAGCACGUCAACUUUUUGAUUUGAUGCCGGAACCAAGAGUGGUGGUCUCAUGGAACUCAAUGAUAUCAGCCUAUACACAAGCUGGGCAUGAGAAAGAGGCCAUGAGUUUGUUUGAAAAAAUGCCACAGCAGGACACAGUAACUUGGAAUAUCAUGCUUGCGGCAAAUGCCCGGCUGGGGCAUUUUCAUGGCGUGGAAACGUUGUUUCAAGCGAUGAAGGAGCGAGACAUUGUGUCGUGGAACACUCUCUUGAGUGCCUACUGCCAAGCCGGAAAAACCUCCAGCGUCGCAGAAGCUUUCAAUCGGAUGCCACAGCACAAUCUCGUCUCGUGGAACACUCUACUUUGCGCGUUCUCGCAGAGCAACCAGAUCUCCCAGGCGAGAACUGUGUUUGAGCAAAUGCCCCAGAAGGAUCUCAUCUCGUUUAACACGCUCCUCAGCACAAUCGCCCACCACGGCCUUGUGGACGAGGCACUGUCGCUCCUGGAAAAGAUGCCCGGGACGAACAACGUCACCUGGAACGCGAUGAUCGCAGCGUACACCCAUAGGCCAGGGCAUCUCGCGGAUGCCAAGCUGAUCUUCGACGGCAUCCCAGAGCCGGACAUCGUCUCGUGGAACUCGAUGCUUGCGGCGUACGUACACAACCAAAGCUUGGACGAGGCUGAGAAGCUCUUCUCCUCCGCAAUGCAAGAGAGGGAUCUCGUGUCGUACAACUCAAUGGUUGUGGGAUAUUCGCAGCACGGAAGCUUAGACGUGGCGAGGCGCACGGUCGAAGAGGCGAUGCCGGAGCACGACUCCGUGUCGUGGACGGCGCUCUUGGUGGGAUUUUGCGAGCGAGGCUUCGUGGAGGAGGCGAGGGAGGUGUUCGUGAAGAUGCCGCAGAGGAAUCUCGUGUCUUGGAAUGCCAUGGUUGCGGGAUUUGCCGGGAACGGGCUUCUGGACGAGGCGAUAGAUCUCUUUCUGGAGAUGCCGGAGCGCGAUCCAAUCUCGUGGAAUUGCCUUAUAGCGGCGCUCUCUCAGGCUGGAUUCGUCGACGAGGCGAGAGGGCUGUUUGAUAGAAUGCCAAUGCGGGAUACAGCAUCGUGGAACUCGAUCAUUUCUGCAUAUGCCCAGAGUGGGCAUGUUUUGCAAGCUGAAAGUCUCUUUUCUAAAAUGCCUCUCCGGGACGUGGUUUCGUGGACAACUAUGAUCACCAUGUACGGUGAGCUACGCGAUCUUGCUAGUGCUAGACGGACUUUUGAUGCCAUGCCUGAGAAAGAUCUCGCGGCCUGGAAUGCGAUGCUUGGAGCCUAUGCCGCGAAUGGUCAUCUCGACAAAGCAAGGGAUGUAUUUGAGAGAAUGCCACGGCACUCUCCAGCAGCGUGCAAUGCGAUGAUCACCGGCUAUGGACAAGUGGGCAGCGUCGAAGAAGCGAGAAGAGUCUUUGAUAGCAUGACCGAUCGAAACACUCUCACCUGGAACGCUAUGGUUGGAGCGUAUGCCCGUAACGGGCAUAUGAGACUGGCCGUGGAGCUCUUUCGGAGAAUGAGGGGCGAGGAAUCGGUGGCGAUCGACGAGCUGACUUACGCUGCCGCCGUCGAUGCCUGCGCUGGUUUGGGAGCUCUGGACGACGGGCGAUUGAUCCACAGUGAGAUCUCGCUCACCAGCAUCAGCCGCUCCCCAGAGCUCGGAAGCUCGCUCGUGAGCUUCUAUGGGAAGUGUGGAGGGCUGGACGAAGCAAUGAAUAUCUUCCAGGGGAUGGAAGCCCGAGACACCGUUCUCUACACUGCCGUAGUCGCGGCUCACGCUGAUAACGGGCAGCUCGAUCUCGCCAUGGAGUAUCUCCAGGCCAUGGAGCUCCAAGGAAACUCUCCAGACCAGGUGACUUUCAAGGCCACCGUCUCGGCAUGCGCUCACGGUGGGAUGCUUGACGAUGGCCUCGCACUGUUUGGAGCGAUGCUCCACAAUUACUCCAUCACUCCCACUCUGGAGAUGUAUAGCUGCAUCAUCGACGUCCUCGCUCGAGCUGGAAAACUUCGCGACGUCGAAGAGCUCAUAAGAUCCAUGCCUUUUGAGCCAGACGCUGCCGCCUGGACGAGCGUGCUGAGCGCAUGCCGGCUUGACGGUGGCAGCGAAAAUCGCGACCUCGGCUUGCGAGCUGCUCAGCGAGCGGCGGGAUUGAGUCCCACAGACUCAGCUCCAUACGUGAUGCUCGCGAAUCUCUUCAAACACCACGAUCAUCGAUCGAUCGGAGCUACUCCUCCUCUCACCAAUCCAGACGCGAGAGUGUAAGUUGACGACACAUCCGGCCUCUUGCGAUACAGACGCUCCACCACUCCGGCUCCUCGGUUCGCGUCUCCGUGCGUCUUACACGCCCCGAGAAGCGUCGUCCAUGCAAUAUCAUCAGGCUCGCAUGGCAUAGAAUCCAUGAGCUCUCGCGCCUCUGCCGUCCUCCCGGAUCGUCCCAGCAGAUCGACCAUGAUGCUGUAGUGAUCCCUCUGAGCCGAGGUACCGAAAUCUCCAACCAUUGUCACGAAGAACUCCAAUGCUACAUCGAGUUUUCCGGCAUGGCUACACGCCGACAAGACCGCAGUGAAUGUUAUCGGGUCCGGUGGAAGGCCGUCACACACCAUCGCCAGGAAGAGCUCGAUCGUCUCCUUGGUAUGCCCGCUUUGCGCAUAGGCCGUCACCAUUGUUGUCCACACCACCACGUCUCGAUCCACCGAGCUCUCAAACACCUGUCGGGCUUCUCCCAGGCAGCCACAGCGGGAGUACAUGUUGAUGAGCGCGCUCUCCACGACAGGAUCUAGCAGACCGUUGUCGCUUGCCGCCAUGUCGUGGACCAUCCGACCGUCCGACAACGCGUUGGAACUGGCACAGGCGUCCAAGACUGCGACAAGAGUGAUAUUGUCGGGUUUGGUGCCAUCCAAAUCCAUGGAUCCCAGUAGAGUGAAGGCUUGCCGGGCUUGUCCGUGCUGGGAGUAUGCCGUGA